CAAUGCGGUUAGAAGGGGACAAAAAGAAUGAUACAAGGUUUACACAAACACACAUCCAUCAACUCUUCUACCAAACCCUAAACAAUCAAAAACCUCCAUGGAUUCACACCUCUAAACAACACACCCAAACAUGAUCUCCAGAAAACUAACUCCAUCAAAGCUCAGGACCUUCCUCACACUCUCCCCCUUCACCACCUAUACAUACACAAAACCUAUAUCUAACCCCAUCACAAACCCCCCAAAAAUCCCAAAUCUUUUAAACCCUACUAAAACCCUAGCUUCCCAAUUCCCAAUUUUCAGACCCUUUUCUUCAAUCUCACCUUUGCCCCUCACAAGAGACGGAAAUUACGAUGAAACCACCUCUCAAACCCUUCAAAUUUGCCCUGGAUGUGGCAUCACAAUGCAAGAUUCUGAUACCAAAAAACCGGGCUUUUUCAUCAAACCCACCAUUAAAGAUUCAAAUUACAAGAUACCCAUUGACAGAAAUCCAGUUUUAGACGAAACCCAGAUCCCAGAUUCUGUUAAAAAAGGUUUCUUGAUUGAAUCCGGUCAAGAUUCGAUAAACCCUAACCCGAAAACUGUCGAAAAACCGGUUGUGUGUGCCAGGUGUCACAGUUUGAGAAACUAUGGGAGGGUUAAAGAUCAAACUGUUGAAAACUUGUUACCCGAUUUCGAUUUCGAUCAUACGGUUGGGCGGAGGUUAAAUUCGGCUUCGGGUAACCGAACCGUGGUGGUUAUGGUUGUCGAUGCUGUUGAUUUCGACGGGUCGUUUCCACGAAAAGUUGCGGAAUUGGUUUCGAACACGAUCGAUGUCAAUUCUCGAGCUUGGAAAGAGGGGAAGUCAGGGAAUUUACCUAGGAUUGUGUUGGUUGUUACGAAAAUCGAUUUACUACCGACAUCCAUAUCGCCAACGGGUUUCGAGUACUGGGUUAGAACUCGGGCUAGAGAAGGCGGAGCUAAUAAGUUAACGAAAGUUCAUUUAGUGAGCGCGGUAAAGAAUUGGGGAUUGAAGGAUCUUGCAGAUGAUAUGGUGUCGUUGGCGGGGCCCAGGGGGCAUGUUUGGGUGAUUGGGGCGCAAAAUGCUGGAAAGUCUACAUUGAUUAAUGCAAUGGGGAAGUGUGUUGGAGGUCGAAUGAGUGUUUUGACCGAGGCUCCGGUACCUGGGACCACGUUGGGGAUUGUUCGGGUCGAGGGGGUGCUUCCGGGUCAGGCUAAGUUGUUUGAUACACCAGGGUUGUUGCACCCGCAUCAGAUUACUACGCGGUUGACUCGUGACGAACAGAAGUUGGUUCAUAUUACUAAAGAGUUGAAACCGAGAACUUAUAGGAUCAAAGCAGACCAUUCGGUUCAUAUCGCAGGUCUCAUGAGACUUGACAUAGAAGAAACGUCAGUGGAUACCAUAUACGUUACCGUGUGGGCAUCUCCCAAUCUCCCGCUUCAUAUGGGAAAAACAGAGAAAGCGUCUACAAUGGUGGAAGAUCAUUUCGGUCUUCAAUUACAGCCACCAAUAGGGAAGCAAAGAGUUGAGGAACUAGGAAGAUGGGUAAAAAAGGAAUUUCGCGUGCAUGGAAACUGGUGGGACUCGAGUUGUGUCGACAUUGCAGCUGCCGGUCUGGGUUGGUUCGCCAUUGGGCUAAAAGGGGAGGCUUUGCUUGGCGUCUGGACAUACGAGGGUGUCGAUGUCACCCUUCGCGAUGCUGUGAUCCCGCACCGUUCGCAUAACUUUGAAGUCACAGGUUUUACUGUCUCGAAAAUUGUGUCAAAAGCCGAUAAAUCUUUGAACAAGCAAAGAGAUAAUGAGAAGAAGAGGAAAGUUGGUGAUGCAGAAAUGGAAGCCACAACUAGGGCUGCACUGUGAUUUAAUGCAACUUGACUUUAUUUUUAAGAGGUUAGCAAAGAUUUGCUUUUAAUGAAUGGCAAGAAGUGGUGUGUUGACAUAUAUGCCCUUGUUAUGACUGUCACAAUAGCAGAGACAGAAGACAUAAUUCCAUUUAUUAAAUUUUAAGUCAUUGGUUACAAGCA